AUGCUCAGUUGUCAGGACGCGGUGGCCGGGUUGCACGGAAAAUGCUCCGCGGAGUCCCAGCCGGGCAGAAAGCCCGCCAGGCAAAGGGUUCAUUCCGAGGGGGCGGGGCCUCGGACGCACGCUCGCUCCCACCCCGCCCCCCCGCCACGCGCCACGCGCCGGCCGUCUACACGCCGGCUGCCCGUUGCCCUGGCAACCGUCGCGCAGCGUCUUCCUGAGGGAGCUCCUGUCAGCCGGAGGAUCCCGUCGCCCGCUCCCCACUGCCCCGCAAUUUUCGCGUGGGCUCAGAGGCGGAACGACAACAAAAAAUGGCGGAGCGGAGCCAGACGGCGCCUGAGGCAGGUCUGUGGGGGCGGUCGAUCAGGGGGAAGCGCUGAGGAAGCACGACGCUGUCCUGGGCCCCAGGGGACAGGGGACUUGGGCCUGGCGCUACUCCUGAAGAGGCACCCUCUGUCUUUGCGCGGCAGUGAUAUGGGAAAUGAUGAUGCCAUCGGAGGGAAUGUGAGCAAAUAUGUGGUGCUUCCAACUGGAUACUGUGGACAGCCCAAGAAAGGACAUCUUAUCUUUGAUGCUUGCUUUGAAAGUGGUAACCUUGGACGGGUGGACCAGGUCUCUGAGUUUGAGUAUGAUUUAUUUAUUAGGCCGGACACCUGUAAUCCUCGCUUCCGAGUCUGGUUCAACUUUACUGUUGAAAAUGUGAAAGAAUCACAGAGAGUCAUUUUCAACAUUGUUAACUUCAGCAAAACUAAAAGUCUUUAUAGAGAUGGGAUGGCCCCUAUGGUGAAAUCUACCAGCAGACCAAAAUGGCAAAGACUGCCGCCCAAAAAUGUCUACUACUACCGCUGUCCGGACCAUAGGAAAAAUUACGUGAUGUCCUUUGCAUUUUGUUUUGACCGAGAAGAAGAUAUUUACCAAUUUGCUUACUGCUACCCUUACACAUACACUCGCUUUCAGCAUUACCUUGACAGCCUGCAAAAGAGAAACAUGGAUUACUUCUUCCGGGAGCAGCUGGGUCAGAGCGUGCAACAGCGGCAGCUUGACCUCCUGACGAUAACCAGCCCCGACAACCUUCGGGAGGGGGCAGAGCAGAAGGUGGUGUUCAUCACAGGACGAGUCCACCCAGGGGAAACACCCUCUUCAUUUGUGUGUCAAGGGAUCAUUGACUUCCUCAUAAGCCAGCACCCUAUUGCUCGUGUCCUACGGGAACACCUGGUCUUCAAAAUUGCACCCAUGCUCAACCCUGAUGGUGUCUACCUGGGCAAUUACAGGUGCUCUCUGAUGGGGUUCGACCUGAACCGUCACUGGCUGGAUCCCUCUCCGUGGGCUCACCCCACCCUGCAUGGGGUGAAACAGCUCAUCAUUCAGAUGUACAACGACCCCAAAACAAGCCUGGAGUUUUAUAUUGAUAUCCACGCCCACUCCACCAUGAUGAAUGGUUUCAUGUAUGGCAACAUCUUUGAGGAUGAAGAGCGGUUUCAGAGGCAGGCGGUUUUCCCCAAGCUCCUCUGCCAGAAUGCUGAGGACUUCUCCUACUCUAGCACGUCCUUCAACCGGGAUGCCGUGAAGGCAGGAACUGGCCGUCGCUUCCUUGGUGGGCUGCUGGACCACACUUCUUAUUGCUACACCCUCGAGGUUUCCUUCUACAGCUACAUCAUCGGCGGCACCACAGCUGCUGUGCCCUACACGGAAGAAGCCUACAUGAAGCUGGGGCGGAAUGUGGCGAGAACAUUUUUGGAUUAUUACCGGCUGAACCCCAUGGUCGAGAAAGUGGCGAUCCCCAUGCCGAGGCUGCGGAAAGGAAAACCCCCUUCCUACAAGCACUCACUCCUGCGGGGCCCGGCCAGCAACCACCCCAACGGCAAAGGGGACAAGAAGAGCUCAGUGAACCACAAAGACCCUCCAAACUCUUUUUAA